AUGUCUGUCUGGUGGCUGCUGCUGCUAGCAGGGCUACCUACAUUCUUACUGGGAGUCUUUGUAUGGGUUGUUAUUCAGCAUUUGCCCAGUGCAGAAAUGCCUUCCACCCUGAAGCAUCCAGCCAAGCUACUGUUUAUGUACUACAUGUUGCAGUACCUGAUAGCUUUGGGGAACAUACUAGAGAAACUGAGAAUUUGUGCCAUGCCCAGGUUUUUACAGUUUCUCCAAGGCCUAAUGACGAUAAAGAAGGAUCCUAAUGUGUUGGUGACUGACAUGCAUUUUGGAACAGUCCCUGUGAGGCUGUUCAAGCCCAAGGAAUUGUCUUCCAAACCCCACCGAGGCAUCAUCUUCUAUCAUGGAGGAGGUGCUAUGAUUGGAAGCCUAGACUUUUACCAUGGCCUGGGCAACCUCCUGGCCAGUGAGACAGACUCAGUGGUGCUGAUGGUGGGAUACCGCAAGCUUCCUGACUACCAUCACCCUGCCCUUGCCAAUGAUUGCCUGAAUGCUUCCAUCUACUUCCUGAAGAACCUGGAAUCCUUCGGGGUGGACCCAUCCCGGGUGGUUCUCUGUGGAGAGAGUAUUGGAGGUUGGGCUGUGGCCAAUGUCAUGCAGAUCUUACCCAGCAUUGCCAGUCUACCCCAGAUCCAAGCUCAAGUCCUGAUUCAACCAAUUGUGAAUUUGAUCAAUUUUCAGUUACCAUCACAUCAGCAGAGCAAAAAUGUGCCAUUCCUUACCAGAGACAUGAUGUUUAUGUGUAUGUUAAAAUACCUGACUAUUGACCUCUCUUGGAAAGAUGCCAUGUUGACAGGUGCUGUUAUACCACUGGAGAAGUGGAAGAAAUAUAGGAAAUGGCUCAGCUCUGACAACAUCCCCAGAAGGUUCUGGAGCCAAGAUCCACAACUGGAGUUUCUUGCACCUUUUAAUGAGGCUGCCUAUCUAGAAACCAAACAUGUUUGGAGUGCAGAAAUUUCCCCUGUCCUAGCAGAUGACAAGAUCAUUUCUCAGCUCCCUAAGACAUUUCUGGUGAGUUGUGAGAAUGACAUCCUCCGGGAUGAUGUCUUGCUCUACAAGAAGCGUUUGGAAGACCAGGGGGUCCCUGUGAGCUGGUACCAUGUGGAGGAUGGCUUUCAUGGAUGCUUAAUGUUGUGUGAUAAGAAGUGUUUUUCUUUUCCUUGCUCUAUGAAAGUUGUAAAUGCUGUUGUCAGUUACAUAAAGGGCAUUUGA